AGCAACGCACUCGCGCUCUGGGAACCUUCUCCGGGAGCUGGUCCGGGGAGGCGCUCGAGCUUUCGGAACCUUCCCCGGGAGCUCGGCUCGGGGGCGCUCACGCGCUCUCUGCCCCUCGGCCGGUCAAGGCGGCUGGGCUCGGCGGGGAUCGUUGGGGGAGAGAGCCCCGGGAGCCGGCCCGCUGCCUUUGUACCGGCGCUCCGCAGCUGCCGGACGUGAUGCGGCUGCCGCGGAUCCUGAUUCCCGCACCCCGCAAACUGCAGACAAUGGAUUAAAAAGAAGAAGAGGAGCAGUGGGGAGCAGAGAAGAGCGAACGAACGAGCCCGCAUGGGAGGAAUCAUGAACUCCAGCGCCGAAACUAAAAAGCCACCCCUGGCUCCCAAGCCCAAGUUUUUGGUGGGGAGCAAGCCUGCACCGCCUCCUAUUGCACCUAAACCUGAUGUUGUGGUUUCUAACACCCUCCUUUCAACAAAGACCUCAAAACCGGUCAUUGCCCCCAAGCCGAAAGUCCCAAAGAGCUCACCGGUUCCUGAUGCCAGGCUGUCCCCAUCCAGGAAAAAUCUCGUUCCCCUGGAGGAACAUAAGCAGGAAUCAUUGGAACUCUUGGAUAAGCUUAAAUGUCAAAAUGGAGAGGACAAGAGGACUCCUUAUAUCCUGCCGGUGUACUCAUCUAAUACAGAAUGUAUCUACAACCAUGGAAAUGGAGACAAUUCUUGCGUUAAGCACAUUGUUUUAGAGCAUCUCGAAACACUUGAAAACUUGGAGAACAUCAACAUCGGGGACUCUCUGUCAGUUCCAAAAGUUAAGAAAAAGUGCGAUGUGCGUAGCGAAAAAGUGGGGAAUAGUAACCAAAUAGUUUUAAAAUCCAACCUUCUGGAAGAGAAGUUGAAAGAUGUUUUUUUUACACCCUCUGGGUCCUCCCCUACAGCUUCCACUUUUAAGCACAGACCUACCAACAGCCUGGCAAUAGAUGGGAACCGUGAUGCCAAUGGACAGUUCAACAUUGAAAUUGCAGCUUUAUCACAGUCUCCCUCUGGUUUUGAUGAGGUUCCACAGACCCAUAACUGCUAUGUGAAAUCUCCUGCGGAUGGGAUCCAAAUGUUAGAGACCAGUCAGCAUUGUCCAGAAGUCAGCAUCAAUGGUAUUUGCUCAUCUGACCAGAAAGCUGUGGAAAAUGAUAUGGCAAACAGUGUUCAGUUUCUAGAGGGAGGCAGUCAGAAAUCGGAAGCUGACAGCGGCACUCCCUCAGGAAGGCCCUCGGCAGCUUGCAACAAAAGCCUCCCAACCCCAAAGCCCAGAAUGCCCCGGACUGCUCGUCUGAUUCGUCAAGCCUAUGUUGAUGGUCCAGGUGAAAGCACUGAGGAGCUAGGUAAUAUGCAGGGUGAUUUCUCUCCUAUUGAACAACAUGUGAAAAAAUCAAAUAAAAUCACUCUUCUAGGGACCAGCAUUUUAUGUAACCAGGAAACUGUUGAAACAGAAGAACAGGGAAGCAAGAAUGAAUUGACUUCAGACUCUGGGAACAAAAAAUGCACAAAUCUAACAGCUUGCGAUGGAGAUGUGGCCAUUUACCAGAAUGCCCGGUCUCCUGAAACAUCUCACGAGGUUGAAAGUGUCGAAGAUUGCCCACCUACAGAUUUUAGCUUCCGUCCUGAAGGUAACAUAGUAGCUGACGCAAAUGUAUCACCAAAUGCAGACAGAAGGGCUAGUUUUACAAAAUGUAAUAAGCAGUCGAUGAGUCUGCCAAAGCAACUGAAGCUGACUUACAGCCAACGUUUGCCUGCCCCCAAUCCCCUGCGUGGCUGUCCCCCUAAAACUGACAAAGAGGCUCCUAUCAGUGAUGAAAGUCCUAUAAAAGUCGCCCCCAAAAAACCUCAGAGGCACAGCUUGCCCGCUGCUGGACGUCUUAAGAAAGCCGCCUCUGAGGAACUCUUAGAAAAUAGUUCUUACCCUUCUGAAGAGAGGAUCUCAGAGGGGAUACUGGACAAAACUUGUCUUAGGCAUUUGGCCGCCAAGGAACAUGGUAUGUCAUCUUCCUUUGACAUGCCCAAACUCAUCAAAACUUCAGAAAAGCCAGUGUGGAAAUUACCUCAUCCUAUCUUGCCCUUUCCAGGAAACCCUGAAUCCUUAAAAUCCUCCAACCUGUCUUCCAACAGUGAAUCCUUCCCUUCCCUCACCAAGCCUAGAGCGAAGUCAUUGUCUGCCGUAGACAUGGACAGAUGCAAUAAGCCUUGUAAAGACCCUCAAAAGAAAAAUUCCCUGAAGAAGUUGCUUAACAUAAAAUUGUCCAUCUGUUUCAUGAAGAGUGACUUUCAGAGGUUUUUGUCAAAGGGGAACCUGGUUGGAGAAACCCCAGGUCGUCCUUCCAGUAGGGAAGGCAGAGGGUUUGAUAACGGUCAACAGAGCACACCCUUGGUAGAUGAAAAGAGGGGCAAACCAGUCAAGGCGUAUUCUGCUGAAACCCAUAGCCCGGCAUCCAACAAGAAGAGGAGGAUGUAUCGGAGUCAGGUAGACCUCCCCAAUGGUCCCAAGGCUGAAUCUUUGGAUGACCAGAUGCUUUCCAGGGAAGGGACACCAACAACCCCUUUUCAUUCUGGAGCAAGUAACUGUGCCCCAGAGUACGAAAACAUAUGUCGCUAUGAGGAAACCCCAGAGUACGAGAAUCUGCCAUUUGCCUUGGCUACAAGUAAUAGAACUACGGAUUCUGAGUGGCAAAGUCCUAAUGCUGUCGAAGACUCUGAUGCAAAUGUAUAUGAGAUUGAAGAUCCAUACAUAGCUUCAAGUAGCGAACUCCAGCAAGUACAGCGACCUCUGCAUUCCAGGUAA